AUGGUUUCUCCAGCAAUCAGGGUCGCCCCCUCAGCAGCCAAUCGUGCAUUGAACUUGCUACGCACAGUACAAUACACCCACCCACCCAACUGCCCGUGCCACAAAAACCCCAACCACCACCACAACCACCAGCAAACCCCGUCUCUGCUCAACCAUGUGAAGCGUCGCAUGUCUACACCCGUGGACCGCUCGCGCGAGAAGGAAUAUGCCUUUGAGAUGGCGGCGUCUAGCAUUCGCUUCGGACCUGGCGCAACCAAGGAGGUCGGAAUGGACUUUACCAACAUCGGCGCUAAGCGCGUGUGCAUUGUCACUGAUUCCAAUGUGGCCAAGCUUGAUGCUAUGAAGCAAGCUGUGGAGGGUCUUACCCGUGAGGGUAUUCAGUUUACUAUCUUUGACAAAGUUCGCACUGAACCCAAGGAUAGCUCUAUAAAAGAAGCUAUUGCUUUCGCUAAGCCUUAUAAACCCGAUGCCUUCCUGGCUGUCGGCGGCGGCUCCGUAAUCGACACUGCCAAACUGAUGAACCUAUACACCAUCUUCCCGGAAGCUGACUUCCUCGACUUUGUCAACGCCCCCUUGGGCAAAGGUCUCCCGGUAGACAGACCCCUCCUCCCACUCAUUGCCGUCCCAACAACAGCAGGCACAGGCUCCGAGACCACAGGGACAGCGAUUUUCGACCUAGUCUCAAAGAAAGCCAAAACAGGCAUCGCCCACCGAAACCUAAAGCCAACCCUCGGAAUCUGCGACCCGCUCAACACUCGCACCAUGCCCUCAGCCGUACACGCUGCCUCCGGCCUCGACGUCCUCUGCCACUCCCUCGAAUCCUGGACCGCAAUCCCAUACAACGAGCGCACCCCGCGCCCAACAAACCCCAUCAACCGACCGGCCUACCAGGGCGCAAAUCCCAUCUCUGAUAUCUUCUCCCUGGCCGCCCUGCGCUCAACAGUCAAGUACCUGCCGCGCGCAGUCCGCGACCCAGACGACCACGAAGCACAGUCGGAGAUGCUGCUCGCGGCUACGCUCGCCGGUGUCGGGUUCGGCAAUGCAGGUGUUCAUCUCUGCCACGGUAUGAGUUACCCCAUAUCCAGCCAGAACCCCGGAUAUAAGCAUGCGGGCUAUGAGGUCGAUCACCCAAUUAUCCCGCACGGUGUUUCCGUGGCUGUCACCGCGCCUGCUGUCUUCCGCUUUACCGCGGCGUCGAACCCUGAUCGCCAUCUUGCGGCGGCUGAGGCGUUUGGUGUCGAUAUCUCGAAUGUUAAGCGUGAGAGUGCGGGUGAGGUGCUUGGCGCUGCUAUUGCGGAGUUCCUUGCUAGGCUUGGUGAUCAGCCGCGUGGCUUGAAGGAUCUAGGCUUCAAGGCUGCGGAUUUGGAGGGGUUGGUUGAGGGGACUAUUCCGCAGCAGCGGGUGCUUAUGCUUGCGCCGAGCUUGAGUAAGGAGUUGGAGGCUGAGAAGGGUGAGUUGAGGAAUUUGCUGGAGCAAUCUUUGGAUUAUUAG